AUCCCUCCCGCACCCGUUCGAGUUGGAGAAGGUGAAGCUCCCCCUUCUUGGGAUCCGGUACCAACUCCAAAAGUGGCUGGGAGGGAUUAGCUACAGAUUCCAGAGUUCUAAGAUCAGCUAUGAGCAAGGGAUUCUAAGUACCUCCAAGCAAAUUCUAUCUGGUUGAUGGAGGGUAUGCAAAUACUCCAUCUUUCCUUGCUCCAUAUCGAGGUGUUCGAUAUCAUUUGAAAGAAUUUGGGGUUGGACAUCGAAGGCCGCAAAACCCAAAGGAGCUCUUCAACCACUGCCACGCACUACUUAGGAAUCAUGUGGAAAGGGCUUUGGGGGUGCUUAAGAAGCGAUUCUCCAUUCUUAAAGUUGCCACAUUCCACAUGUUGGAAAAUCAAGUAAAGAUUCCUAUAGCUGUUGCCAUCUUUCAUAAUGUAAUCCGAUUACUUCAUGGUGAUGAGAAAUGGUUAGAACAUCAGCCAAAUAAUAUCCAUCCAGCAAACUUCAUUGAUCUACCAGAUGGUGAUGAGAACAAUGACUCAGCAACUGAACAAGGCAACGCUUUAAGAGACACCAUCGCCCAAGAAAUGUGGGAUCAAUACCAGCAACAUUUAAAUUAGUUUUUGAAUAGGUUAUAAUGAGUUUGUAUCAUGAAUAAGCUUGUAAUAAUAGUUUUUUUUAUUUUUUAUGGAUUCUAAUUAGUGAUUUAGCUUGUAUCAUGAAUAAAAUUGUAAUAAGUGAAAGAUUUCUGUCAUAUUUGACAGCAAUGGUUGGAAAAGGGUCCCCAAAGUUACGUAUGAUUGCAAGUGAGUCACCAAAGUUGCGUAGGUUCCUACCUACAGCGAGUGCUACAAACAAGAAGUCUUCUCCUAAAUGUAGUGGGGUCAAGAAGAGUGGAGGUUCUCCGAAAGUAAAAACAAGGGCAAAUUGGAAUCCAAACCUUGAGAAGUCUCUUGUAGAUAUUCUCCAUGAGUAUAAAGAUAGUGGCUAUAGAAGUGACAACGGUUGGAACUCUGAAGGAUGGAAUAGGAUGGUGAAGGAAUUCCAUAUUAGGAACAAGUAUGUGUCUUACACAAAGGCUCAAAUUCAGGACAAAGAAGGUCAGCUAAAGAGAGAUUACAAGAUGCUCAAAGAGGCAAGGAGGCAGAGCGGGUCUAGCUGGAACGAAAAAAGAUAUAUGGUUGAAGGACCACCAGCUAUGUGGAAUAACCUCAUAGUGUCAUUCCCUAAGAUAAAUAAGUUUCGCAAUAACAAGGCAAGCUUUGCUCUGUAUGAUGCCUUGGGGGAGCUUUAUGAUGGUCAUUUGGCGGAAGGGACUUACUAUUUCACUUCUUUGGGGACAUCACAAGAAGAAGAACUGCUUCAACAAAUUGUUGAUGUAGAAGAUGAAGAAGAACAGGGAUCAGAUGAAGAUGAUUACGGUGAUGAUGCUCAAGGAAGGACCAGCUUAGAUCAAAGGAAUGAUGAUGAAGAUUUGGAUGACAUCCGUGAGGUAACAGUUGCUAAAAAAUAGUGGACUGCGAAGAACUACUACUGCAUCAAGAAACAUACAAGGAAAGGAAGCGAAGAGGCCUAAGAGGGGUGCAAGGAUUGAAGAAAUGAUGGAGAGAUUUCUGGAGAAGAGGGAAGAAGAAACUGCACUUAUGGCAAAGCAAGCUGAAGAAGAAUCUGCACGUCGAGCCAAGCAAGAAGAAGAAUUUGUUGCACGUCUGGCCAGAGAAAAGGAGGCUGGUGAAAGUAAUGAUUUCUCUAUCAAAAGGUGCAUUUUAGUUCUGAACACACUGGAAGUGACCAAGGAAGAAAAGGUAAAAGCUUUUGUGGUCUUCAUCAAGAGCAAAGAAAAUAGAGAGGCCUUCAUUUCUGGAUGUGAAUCAGAUGUGGAAUCAACUUUGAUUUGGCUCCGAAAUGAGAUGGUCUAACAGGUACAAUAGUAUCACUUGGACAAGGUCAGGAGGAGAGUAACAGCAUUUAUCAUAGGCCAGUAGGUGUAGAAGGCGUGAAAAGAGACAGUUUGCCACACUUUGCCAUAAUUUAUUGCAAAACAUGUCCAACAGUUACGAAAUGGAAUAGAUGUUCUGUGCUAGAGAGUUCUGUGCUAGAGCUAGUACUGCACUGGAGAGAAUUAUUCCAACGGCUAAUGAAUAAUUACAUUUCUAGUACUACAUGUGUGCUGCAAUUGUGUGAUGUAAAAAAGACCUGUUUUGAUUCAUGUGUAACCGAAUGGCCACAUU